AUGAAUCAACUUAAAGACCCUAAAUCGGAUCUUUCUAUAACAAUAAAUACUGCAACAGAAAUCUAUACUCUCAAAAAACCAUUUCUUAUUAAAUAUUGCGAAAAUAAAAAAUUAAAAUCAACAGGUACAACUAGUGAAUUAAGAGCUAGACUUAGUAGAUACUUAAAAGGCACCAUAACAUUAGACGACAUAGAUAACACAUUAAGCAAAGAAGAAUGCGAUUUAAUUUUAAUCAAAGCAAAAACUAAUAAAAUCGAUUUUAAUAAAUUAGAAAAAGAAGCAGGAAUACUCGAUUCGAGCGAUUCGAGCACUGACACAAAUACAAUUAAUAAAUUAACUUCAGACAGCUUUUCAGAAAUAUCAAAAGAUAAUUUAAAAUUAUACGAUAAUCUUAAUGCCAGUACAAGCUCAUUUGUGAAUAACACCGAAAAUAUUCUAACAAAUUCAGAUAUAACUUACCAAAAUUGUCAAAAGGAAAGUUCUGUUACUUAUGAAAAUAUAUUAAAAAAUCUUAGGAUUAAUGAUACUUCUAAUAAUAUUUAUGAGGAAAUAAAAUUAAAUACUCAACCAGAAAAUAGUGAGAUUAUUGAAAAUAAGUUAAUAAAUCUUAAUAAUUCAACAACUAUUGAUUCUGAUAACACAAGUGAAAAACCAAAAUUCAAAAACGAAAACACAGCAAUAAAAAAAAAUAAUCAAAAAGGAGAUAACCUAAACUCUGAAAUUCAUUCUACUCUGUUAAAUAAACAAACACAGAUAAUGACAGAAAAAAUUCUAAUGAUUCGACCAGACCAGUUCUCAUGUAAUGAAGACGUAAGAAAAUAUUUCAAGCAAUACGAAAAAGCAGCAGAUGUAAACGGUUGGAAGGACGAAGAUAAAGUAAGAUUUUUAUCGAUAUUCGUAAAAGGUACAGCAAGCAUAUUUUUGGAAAAUUUGGAGGACAAACAUAAUAAUUGGACAUGGAAUGAUUUGAAACAGGAGUUUCUCGACGAAUUUCAACCAAUCGGUUACAAUACAAUUUUAAAAACUAGAUUAGAAAAUAGACGUCAAGGAGAUACAGAGUCUAUAAUGAGUUUUGUAACAGAAAUAGAAAAUAUAUGUAGACAAUUAAAUAAAAAUAUGCAUGAAGAUGAAAUUUCCACUUAUAUUUUAAAGGGAUUAAAAGAGACAGUCUUACAUGCAAUUUCAUUACAUGACAAUAGCAACCUAAAGGAGCUAAAGAAAAAUUUAAAAAAAUUUGAACUGAUGCAAUUUCGAAUUAAUAACAGAGGACCAGAAUUAAGUGAUUAUACAGAAAUGCUUAAUGAACACGUAUCUCAACUAAACCAAAAAACAAAAGAAAAAGGAAGAGAAAUCGAUGAACUAAAAAGACAGUUAAUAGAGAGAGAUAGAGAAUACAAAAAGGAGAUGAACCAGUUAAGGGAAAAUAUUCAACAAAUCAACAUUACAGAAAGAAGAAAUAAAUCGGUAAACUUCGAUGAUGAAGAAAUAGAUAAUCGAUAUAAUAAUAAAAAUUAUAACUAUAAUGAAGAUAGGAGCAGAAGUUAUAAUAGAGAAACAAAUUAUCGAGGACGACAACGUGAAUACAAAGAUAAAAGUCCAUACCCAGGAAGAUUUAAUGACAGAAGUAGAGAAUCUAGCAGAAAUAGACAAUAUGGUAGAGACAGAUCACAGUCCAGAGAGAGACAAUAUUACAACAAAAUACAAAACGAGACUAAUACAUAUCGAGAUUACGAAAGAAAUCCAAGCCAUAGAUAUGAUCCAAACAAUUACGAAUAUAGAGAUAACUCACGUAAUAGAGAAGCUAACUUAAAUACAGUCAACGGUAGAGGCUAUAGAAACAGAUCACAUUCAAGAGAUCGAGACAAUAAUGGAAAUUACAAUUACAACUACAGGCAUCAAUACAGCAGAGAACAUAGUCGAGAGAAAACACCAGAAAGAUACAGGGGAGAUCGCUAUAAUAAAGAAUCGGAAAGAGUUACAUGCUAUAGGUGUAAUAAAAAAGGUCAUUAUGCCGAUAAGUGUACAAAUACAAAAAACUAG